AUGAACUGGUUGCAACUAGGACAGAGAGUUUUUGUCGAGGAACGUGAAGCCAGGCAUGCGGAAAAGUUGCACGAAUACUCUCAUUUGCCAUGGGAUUCCAUUUAUAACGUCAUGACGUUAGGCAAAAUCGGAAGCGUAGCUGAUAUUUCGGAAGAUUGGCAAACAGUAGUUGUUCGUUUUUAUCUCUGGUCUCGAAACGAUGAAUUUGGUAUCUUCGGUGAUAACCAACUAAUGGCAGUUGACGUCGUCUGGCACGCUCGUGCGCUUCGACCGCUGUACAAAAUUCAUUUCGAGAUUGGAGAUCAUGCUGUGCUCGAACAAGUUGAUCGAGAAGAACAACUUGAAGUACAUUUUGUGACUAUACGAUCUGUGGUCAGUUCUAUCGGAGAUGAUCAGCUGUUUUGCCUUGAGUCACUAGGAAAACAAAUGUUUUUUUGGACACAAGAGGAUCGUCCAUCGGAUGCCCUUCUGCCAAUUUAUACCGACAGUAAUUUCGGGUGCCUUUCGCAAGUUUUUCGAGAGUACAGUGAUCUACAAGUAGACACCUCAGCCUCUCGUUUACGUCAUGGAGUUUUGUCCUCAAAUGAAGGUUCUCAAAUGGCAACAGCAAUCGCUAAUUGGGAUAAAAGUGAUAGUGGUCCGUCGCAUUUUGCGAUGACUGCACAAAAUCACUUCGAUCAGUUGAAUUGUGUAUCCGAAAAUGGCUAUACGCCAUUAAUGUGUGCAGUAGCAGAUGGGAAUUGGACAUCUACCGUAACAUUAUUAUCUCUUGGAGCACAACGCGACGCUGCUGACGCGAACGGCAACACACUUCUGCAUAUGGCAGCUGAAAGAGGUCACGUGAUGAUCCUUGAAGGUCUACUGAUGUUCCUUGGAAAUGAAGUGAAUAGGCCGAAUUCGGACGGGAAUACACCGAUGCAUCUAGCAGCUAGAGGACAACAUGCUGCAUGUUUGGAUCGACUGUUAAACACCAAUCAUCUGCACAGUAAUAUUCAGAAUGCGAAUGGUGAUAGUCCAAUGCAUAUCGUGUGCGGUCUUCCCGAAUCACCAACAAAAAUUGCAAUGGUUGGACGUCUUCUAGCAAACGCUAGAUUGAAUCUUCAUCUUUACAAUGAAGAUGAACUCACACCCGUGCAUAUCGCUAUCUCAAAGGAUUGCUACAAAACUAUGGAGCUCAUUAUGCAAUCAAGACCACAACAGCUAAACGCAGACACUGGUAAUGGUUUCUCUCCCCUUCUACUGGCUGCUUUUUAUGGAAGACGGAAAUGUACGGAAUCAUUAAUUGAGUUGAAUGCUGAUGUAUGUCGAUUUUCGAAGCUGGGCCGUACGGCCCUGCACCUGGCUCUUGAAACGUGGCACGGAUCAGUCGACAAAGAUAUGGACAGGCUGGCAUGCGUUCAGGCGCUAGUACAAGCAGGUUGUCCACUUAAUGCUCAAGACUGUGAUGGUCAGACAGCAGCACAUCUUUUGGUGAGAGAACUAAAUCGCUUCACAGAAACAUCACGUGAAUGUAAUGUCGUCAAUUUGCCAAAUACGGUGUUCUAUGCGAUUAACUCAUGCAACGAUCUUGUUAACAUGAAUCUUCACGAUAUUGCAAGUCGAGUACGUCCUCAUUGGCAACUUGCGUGUCUUUGCUUCUUAGCUGCUCGAGGAGCUGAUGUAACAGUGAGUGAUCGAUUCGGUAUAUCAGUGGUGGACGGGUGUCUAGACGAACGAAUUCGAAACCUGAUUUUCGACAUUGCCGAGAAGAGACCAAGGUCAUGCCUUCCAAUGACUAAAGCGACAUUUGUCGAAUUUGAUCCAUCUGGAGUGACUAUGUGUACAUUCAACUGUGAAGACUCCCAAGCUGACGUCUAUUUUGUCCCGUGCGGUCAUCGUGUUGUAUGUAAAGAAUGCGCUAGGAGCACUCCCCUGAGAAGAUGCCCACUAUGCUAUCAACUGAUCGCAAAGGCUAUAUCCGAUGGAGUAGAAGUGCAAAUUGGUGCAGCGACACAAAAAAACACCGCUAUUUCGGAAGAAGAACAACGUCGAAUCCUUGCCGAGGAAGAAAUUGAGCGAAUAACAGCUGCGGCAGCCAAACAAGCAAAAUUGGAUGCAGAACGAGAAAAAUUACGUGAAUUGGAGGAAUUAAAAGAGAAGUUGGCACAGCUUGAGAUGGAAACGUCUUGUACAAUCUGCAUGGAUGCACGACCUAGCAUCGUCUUCAACUGCGGUCACACAGCAUGCUCGGAUUGCACCCCAUUGCUGAAGUCCUGUCACAUUUGCCGUCAAACUAUCACAAAAAGGCAGACGCUAUACGCGUAG